AGUUGAUUUGCAACUCCGGCUCCCUCUCACACUAAACGCAACGAGAAGUGUUUCGCUCUCUUCCAAUUGGUUGCCGACUGGCGGCUCUCUUAUCACAGUAAGGUUCUCAUUCAUACACCCAGCCUUCUAAAAAUAACUUACUGUCAUCCAUGGUACUGACUUUGAAUAGACGGGACAAAUAAUUUCAAUUGGGGAAUAAUUCAACUGAAAGAAUAGACGACUGACAACAUAACGACAGUGUUGAAGACCUCUCGACCCUCUCGGUUCUAUGAACAUGUUUCAGACCGUGCCUGACACUUCGUCUUACGUCAAGGAGGCACUGUCAGUGGUGAGUGAAGACCAGUCCCUGUUCGAGCCUCCUUACGCUGCUGCUGCCCCUCUACCCAAGACAGACAUGACUGCAUCUGGCACACAGGACUACGUCCAGCCCCACAAAAUCCACCCAUUACCCCCUCAGCAAGAGUGGAUUAACCAGCCAGUCCGAGUCAAUGUCAAGAGAGAGUAUGACCACAUCAAUGGAUCCAGCAGGGAGUCCCCAGUGGACUGCAGUGUGGGGGGUAAAUGCAAUAAGCUGGUGGGGGGCAACGACACAUCUCAGAUGAGUUACGGAAGCUACAUGGACGAGAAGAAUGCUCCGCCCCCCAACAUGACUACCAAUGAGAGGAGAGUGAUCGUCCCCGCAGAUCCAUCGUUGUGGUCUCAGGAUCAUGUCCGCCAGUGGCUGGAGUGGGCCAUCAAGGAGUACGGCCUGCUGGAGAUGGACACGGCCAUGCUCCAAAACACAGACGGCAAGGAACUGUGUAAGAUGAACAAGGACGACUUCCUCCGACUCACCACCAUGUACAACGCUGAAGUCCUGCUCUCUCAUCUCAAUUAUCUCAGGGAAAGUAGCUCAUCAUUAUCCUACAACACUCCAUCUCACAUGGAUCAGUCUCCAAGCCUGGCUGCCAAAGAAGACCCAUCAUAUGAUGCUGUACGGCGGACUGGAUGGUCGAACAACAUGCACAAUGGAAAAGGCUCGCCGGUGGUCACACAGAACGUGUCCAAGUCCACUGAACAGCCCAGACCUCAGCCAGAUCCUUACCAGAUCCUGGGGCCCACCAGCAGUCGACUGGCCAAUCCAGGUUCAGGACAGAUCCAGCUGUGGCAGUUCCUGCUGGAGCUCCUGUCAGACAGCGCCAAUGCCGGCUGCAUCACCUGGGAGGGAACCAACGGAGAGUUCAAGAUGACUGACCCUGACGAGGUGGCGAGGCGCUGGGGCGAGAGGAAGAGCAAGCCCAACAUGAACUACGACAAGCUGAGCCGCGCCCUGCGCUACUACUACGACAAGAACAUCAUGACCAAGGUGCACGGCAAGCGCUACGCCUACAAGUUUGACUUCCACGGCAUCGCCCAGGCCCUGCAGCCCCACCCCACCGAGUCCUCCAUGUACAAGUACCCCUCGGACCUGGCAUACGUGCCCUCCUACCAUGCCCACCAGCAGAAGGUCAGCUUCGUGUCCCCACACCCUCCCUCUAUGCCCGUCACCUCUUCUAACUUCUUUGGACCCACCGCUCCAUACUGGAGCUCCCCAGGGGGCAUCUACCCCAACCACAGUGUCCCCCGCCACCCCAACUCCCACGUGCCCUCCCACCUGGGCAGUUACUACUAAACCCCACCGCACCGUGACAUCUUCCCCCAACCUCCCCUCCUCUCCCCAAAACCAACCACACCAGGGCUGACCUGCACUCUCGCAAUGAAAUUAAACUAAGACCGAGAGAAAGGGGGAUUCUCCGCCUCCACCCAAAGUCUGCUCUUAACUGGCAAAAUGAAGGACGCUAACUGAAGUAUAAAAAAAAACUGGAUGCUGUGAUCCAAAUGGAAUACUACUUAUUUACAAGACAAUACUGUUUCCAUGUUUCUUUUCUUUUGUUGAUGUGCGUAACAGUGCGUCUGUGUUUUUUCUGCCUUUCUGUCCCCUGAAAGCUGCACCCAUGGGCCAGUUCAGAGUGCCCCCAAAAUCUGGACACGGUUACCCACACAGACGCAGCCUUAUCAAGAGACCAUAGAGGCUCUCAUACCUACUGUGUGCCUGAUCACAGACAUGGACCCAUUCUCUAUGGGACUCAAUUUACAUUUUUCUCAUACAGUGAAACUCCUGCCUUGUUCCUUGUUUCCGUCUCUGGGGUCUCAGAUCCACAUCAUGUCUGUCUGCCUGAUGUUCUGUUAUCAGUUUGUCAGUCCGUCUGCAACUCUUUAUGUAUGGAACUGUGUUCAUCUGGAACUGUGGAGGAAGGGCUCCAAAGAAAAGGACUUCUCAGCACUGAAUGAAAAUGAAAUAUUGGCAACUGGAAUACGCCAUUGAUUCACACUUGACUUAUCCUCCAAACUGGAAGUAGGCGAGUUGGAGACCAGAGUUGGAUGUGAAGCACUGUAGCUAUGUUUUCAGGGGGCCACACACCAGUUGACUGUUGUUACAGUAACUAUGUUUGUCCUCUUCAGCCAUUGGUUCUUUCCAUUCCAGGACAUAAGUCAUUAUUAAUGUGAAUGCCCUCUGGUCCAUGGAACAAUUUGUAAGUCGCUCUGGAUAAGAGCGUCUGCUAAAUGACUUAAAUGUAAAUGUAAAUGUAACACAUCAUCAAUUUGACAAUCACAGUUGUUUCUAGAAGAGCUACGUGUCUCACGGUGGUCUCUCCCUCUUCUGUCCAGGCCAGUCAAGUGUCGACACAGAGUGACUUACCACAGCACUAUGUCGUGUCAUGUCAACCCUCACCUAACUGUCUCUGUGCAUUCAUACAGCACUGCCAUUUUAAAACGUGCAUUUUCAGAUGGUCAAAGUUUGUUGUAUGGAAGAAACAAGUGUAUUUAAACAGCUGAAUCUGGACUUUUGUCUCAGUACUUCUUGAAAAUAAAUGGUUUACUAAAUAAAGAACAAAACCAGUAAAGUAAGAAAGGAUGAAAACAGAGAAAUCCUCAGAUUCGCGAACGCUGUGCGUUUGUCAGACAUAUUUUUUAUUGUUUUGUGAACAUCGGUCAACUAGGCAUUAAAGCAACUUACUGUAUAAAUUAUGCAGAGUUAUUUUCAUAUGUGACACAGUUUUAAAAAGUCAAGAGAAUUAAUACGAGUUGACCUCGGUCAAAAAUGCAAUUUUUUUAAAGUCCGUUACUGAUAUGUAGUAUGUUCAACAUUUUGAAACGUUUUAUAUCUGUACAUUUGGGCAAUACAUUUUUACGUUUAUUUUUUAUUUUAUUUUUUAAAUUAGUGAACACAAGAUUUGUUCUAGUUAUAAUCAAAUACCACAAAUGCCUGCUUGAAUCAUAAUCCUAUACUUAUAGUCAAUCUGUUAUUCUGUAUAUACCAUGAUUAUGGUUGCUUUUAAUUCUAAAAUAGGCCAACAACACUUUCCAUGACUCAUACCAUUAAGCCAACCGCCCAGAAAUUGGCAGCUUUUGUCUGUGCCUUUAAAAUGGCCAGGUAUAUUAUGCAAAUGAGUGCAGACACCCCUAAUAUUCACUGGAAGCAUCUCUUGAAGCUCCAUUGGUUUAGUGGUUUGAACUAAAGGGAAUUUGUUAAAUUUAACAUGAAGGUAAUCAUCAAAAAUGUACCCUUUACGCCCACCUCUCAUAAAUAGUCAUGUUCAAUGAAAGGGAACUGUUCAUAUAUGCAAUGUAUUUUGGAUAUUAAAUAUAUAAAUAUGAUGUAAUUUUGCAAUUAACCAUUUUAUUAUUUUUGUAAUUCCUGCGAUGUAUUAAGUAAUACCUUUUGAAAUAGGAUUUUUUUGGGGGGACAAAAUAAAAGUUUUUACUUCUGAACAGA